GUUUGCCCUCCACUCACCGCCAGAUCGUUGUUUUUACAACCUGAGAAACAUCCCACUCGCCAUCUGCCCACUUGUCUGUCUACUCUUUCAACUCAAUGAUGAGUGAUUUGCAGUUGAUGGAAUUGGAGGAUGAGCUCAAGAGUGUAGAUACAUUUCUUGAACAUCUCAAGACAGAAGAGGUGAUAAUAUUCCGGUGCUAACAUGCAAACAUUGCAACCAGAAAUGGGCUCUAGAAGUCAGUGACUUUGUAAAGAGUGGUUACUGGCCUGCUACCAUGCAGGCACAGACACUGUUCCACCAAGAUCUCUUCCAUUCCUUUGAGGCUAUGAAGACAGCAGCUCCAGGAAUGUCCAGACAAGCCUUUACAGCAAUGUUGGACCAGAGAACAAAGCAAUAUGGAAGAACUGGCAAAGUGAAUGCAGAUCCAUUUCAGAGAAGUUUCCUGCAAUUUGUGUACUGCAACUAUGAAGAGAACCAACUUCCUGGAAAGGAGCCAUUGGUCUGUCCAGCCUGUUGCCCUGAAAUGGUGGCUGUUCUGUGGAUGGCAACAGAAAGUUGUACAGGUUCCAGAAAACAAACCAGAGUGAAGAGCCAGGGUUCUUCGAUGGAGUGUUUUUAGCCCGAGACUCUGAGGUGUCCAGUUUUGUUGAGGAGGUCCGGGGAACUGUCAAGAGUACCGCAGGAAAAGCGAUGUGUGGUGACACCCAAUGGAAUGCAGCAAGAGAGACUUCAAAGCGGGCCAACAAGUUGGAUGAAGAAGGUGUGGAAAUUGCUGUGUGUAGACAUGGAUUUCUUCUCAAAGGUCUGAAUAUGUAUAGAGGAGAAAUCUUUGCAUAUCCAAUGUUUCUCCAAAAAGAGUUCCAGAGUGCUACAUUUUUGGCCAUGGAUGUGACCUGCCGAUAUGUGCCAUACUUGACAAAAGUGUCAGAGGCCCUGACGCAUCUUCAACCCCUUCAGGAAAUGAGGCAUUGCUUGUCUGUGAUGCAUGCCAAAGCCCACGAUACAAAAUGCGAGAUUCUGUGGACUGCAAGGAACCAGGAGGGCGCCGGCACCACUCUCGGUGAAGAAGUAGAGCAAGUGAAUAGUUUUCUCUCCAGAUGUGCCCUUACCACCAAGUAUAUGGCCAAGUCAGUAAGAACUGACAUGCUGACUGUCCAUGCUAUGGGGUGGAAUGAACGGAAAGAGAAUGGCCUCCAUAUAGCCUUGUCUUCUAGAUUCAAGAAGACAGUAGAGAAGACUGUGGAUGUAGCUGAGAGCCUGAAGACAAUAAAGGAGCAGUUGCAUUGCUGUGAUGACAUGCUGAAACAAUGGGUUGUUGAAGUCAAGCAGUGGGCCAGUAGCAGAAGCACAGCACCUGGUCCUGUUGAUGCUCAAAGUUUGCAGAUCACAAUCGAAGCACUCUUUUUGAGCAUUUGUCAGAAAAAGCACUACCUUUACAGACAGAAUGAUCGCAACAAAAGGCGACAGAAAAUAACUCAAAAGAUAGCCCAGGAAAAGAAACGGUUGCUGGAAGACAUCCAGAGAUACAACCAACAGCCUGAUGGUGACCCUGUGGACACAGAGUUAGUUGUGCAGAAACUCUCUAACAAAGCUGCAGAGAGCAUGAUCUGGCCUUGGCAGGAACAGAACACAGACGGUGUGGACAUCCUCACAAAGAAGAAGCUCUUUGACCACGUAAUGCUUGCCUCACGACUAAAAGAGGAAAAGCAGAUCCUUGUGAAGGAGAUGCAGCAGCACUGCCAGUACCUCAAGGACUCAGUGGCAAAGGUCCAGACACUGAUGGGCACUGUUUUAGUGAGCACACAGACAGGAAGCUUGCCAAAUGGAUUAACCGAGGAGGGGUCCAAGGGCCUCAUCAGUGCACUAAAAAGAAGACUGCAAGACCUGAGACUCCAACAGCAGACCAUAGCAGGCACCUACAGAUGCACUCUCAAACCAAGUAACAGGCUGGUGGAAGAGGAGGACAGGGAAAUGGAAGAAGACAUGGACUGGCAACGUGGCAACAGCUCGGAUGAUGAUGAUAGUGAUGAGGAGGAGGAUGCAGAGAAUUGAAUUCAAGUCACUUGGAUCUGAAUCACUCAGUCACAGCUGUAAUCGCCUGAGACCUAACUUGAUAUACUGUAAUGUAUACUGUGUGUUUUCUCCCUUUGAUCUCUACCUGUAAUGGUCCAGGCGAGUCAAUUGCAACGAAGGCUGCCUCCAGAGCAUGACUGCAGCAGAGCACAGAGCAUUAUUUGUAAAUGAGUGAUAGAACAUAACACUUAACUUAUAACAUGGGUGAGUUGGUGACCAAGCUAACGUUUUCGGGUUUUUGUUUUAGAUUCACUGUUAGGUAAGGGAGCGCGCUGGCUCCGCCUUCCCAUUGCGGGGAGGGCCAGCGGCUCGCAGGUUUUGGUUUUCAAUUCAAUUUCCUUUCCUAUCUGAAGCUAGGAUCAUCCUGGGAUUUUGUAUUUAGACCAAUAUUGACACUCUUCACAUCAUACUGGAACCAUGUUCGAAGAUUAUGAUGUCAAAUAAUGUUAAGUAAAGUUUACAUAUAAAGAUAUUUAAAUGUUGA